AACCGCAGAUAUAAAGAAGACUCUCUGCGUGCUAUCUUAAGACCUGAUAUUUCUGUGUUCCUCGUUUAUUGCUGCCACUUGGGGCCCUAUCUGCACAGACAAACCGAGAGACUCAUUGAGGCUAGACGCGCACACGUAAAAGAACAAAGAGAAAACGUCAUCAUGUUCCAAAGGAAAUUCCUUUUGAGCUUGCUCCUGCUUAAUGUUCUCGCUUUGAUGAUGGCAGCCACCGUGGUAACCACACGACGCGUUCAGCCCCGGGAGGCCAAUUCCUGCGAGGGCCGUCAGACGCCUGGGCCCAUCUGCGAGUCCUGCGAGCUGCUGGCCACCUGCGUCCGCCAUUCGAAUGGCUGGGUGAACAUUCCCGUGGAAUCGUGUGAUGUGGCCAAUGGCUACUACUGCAAUGCCCGGCAGGGGACCUGCACCAACGACACGGGACCCUGCCAUCCGUUUGGCAUCGAGGGGAACUUCCAGUGCACCUCGCAGGGCAUCUUCCCGGAUCCGUACGACUGCCAGAAGUAUCACAUGUGCUAUUUUGUGGGCGCCACCUUGGUGGCCGCUGCCGUCGACUGCGGCAACGACAAGGCCUUCGAUGCCAGCACCGGACAGUGCACGCUCACGCUCCAAGAUCCCGUCUGCCUGCAGAGCCAGUACCACUGUCCCCAUGCCGGUUACGUGGCCCCAUGGCCCACCAAUUCCAACAUCUUCUACGUUUGCAAGUCGACGGUGAAUCAGAAUCUGAACGACACGAUCGUCAUCUAUCCCUCGCUGCAUCGCUGCAACGACGGAGAGACCUUUGUGGACUUUGUCUGCCGCUCGACCACCAACACGUUGCCCCAAAUUCCCUCACAGCCUGGGGAGGUCGUUGACCCCAAUGACAAUGACUUCUCGGUGAUGCCCAGCAGCUGCCAGCACGUGGGUCUCAUGGCGGACAUGGAUGACUGCAGGAAGUACUACUACUGCUCGGCCUUGAAUGGCAGCCUCCGGCACAUGCAGUGCCCCGACGGCACCUACUACCGGCCCGAGCAAUCCUCCUGUGUUUUGGGCACCUGCUGAGCCCUGAAGGUGGUUCGGUGUAUUUCGUGACUUGUAUUUGCUAGCGACGAUUGUAAAAAUUAUCAAUAAAUAAAGAAUCGAAGUGUACCUUACCGCAG